UAAAAGAAUAUUUUAGAUUUAAUGGGCCUCAACAUCCUCAAAUAGUUGUAGUACAAUGGCCCUGAGUAAUGGAUCAGGUAGUGCCUCUAUGGCCCCGCCGAGUGGCAGCAAGAGUAUGGUGCACUACGACAAGACGGGCGUGUUUGUGAGAUUCGAAUAUGCUUCGGAGGAGUUUCCUGAAGAUGAUUCUUACGUGAGAGGAGCAGUGACUAUCACAGAACAAUAUGUGAAAACGAGUCGUGGAUCCAGGAAGAGCCGUUGGAUCCUGAGCUGGUCCCCGAGACAAGAGGAUGAAGACUGGCUGAUGAUCCAGUCCAUGAUUGGAGGGAGCAACACCAACGGUACUGGCAGUGUGCAGUUCAACAAGGGAGACCAAUCGGCUUCAGUAGACCCGAAAACGUCGCCCGCAUCAAAUGGUAGUGGUGGGCCAAACACUGAAUCUUCUACUCAGUCCAAGGCUUCCAAAGUGUCUUUCCAGAUAGAUGUGGAGCAGGUGGCCGAAAUCAGGAAAGUGAAUCCAGGAGUUGGCUACCCUGUGCUAGCCUUGUUUGGCGAAGAUGCGGAUCAGCCUGUAUGUCCUCUCCUGGAGUUCCAUGACCGAGGCGUGAAAGAGUUUUUUGGAGUGCUGAAGAAAUUCAUGUCUAUUAAGAAGUCUAAGCAGGAUGACAACGUGUGGUACUUGGCUCCGAGGGGACACGAUUGGAGUCAGUCUCUGAGUGCACUAAACAUGGGAUUCCCAGACCCCACCUAUGUCGCAGGCGUGCACUCGGGAGGUGCGUAUGACAUGACUGUGGAUGGACUGAGUCGAGUGAAGAACUACGUGUUCGACAACCUCCUUCACCAGAAGAAACUGAAGAAGACCAGACCGAAAGAGGAGUGUGUGGGAGAGGAAGAGGAUAUAAGCGAGGAGGGUACAGCUGCUCUAGCGGCCGAGAGAUUCGGAAUCAACAACAGACUGGAGCCAGGAUACGACAUGAUCACAUGUGUCUCAGUUGGGGAUCGUCCUCAGAUGAAACAGGAACGUGCCCACCCUAUUGACGAGCUAGAGUACUCUCACAUGAUAGAUGUUCACGGACGAAUCACAGACCCGGAUGCAUUUCUAAACCGAGUGUUUCAGGGGGGAAUCAUUCCAGCUUUGAGACCUACGCUAUGGAAAUACUUGUUGGGUUACUACUCGUACAAGAAUACUCUGGAGCAGAAUUUCCAACAUCACAAGCAAAAGGAAGAUGAGUAUUUCCGGAUGAAGCUGCAAUGGAAAACGCUCUCUCAAGAACAGCUUAAAAAUUUCUCCAAUCUUCGCGAAAAACGAGCACUCAUCGAGAAGGACGUAAUUCGAACAGACAGGUGUGAUUCGUUCUUCAAGGGCACUCUGGAAAACAACCUGAAUCUGUGCAAACUCUACGACAUCCUGAUGACCUACUGCAUGUACAAUUUCGAUCUAGGGUAUCUUCAGGGUAUGUCUGACCUGCUGGCACCUCUGCUGAUGAUCCUCGAGGAUGAAGUGGACACUUUUUGGUGCUUCACUGGACUCAUGAAACUCACGGGCAACAAUUUCGAUAUGGACGAUGACAAAGGCAUGAAGUUGCAAUUGAGUCAACUGAAGUAUCUGCUAAAUCUACUUGACCCAUCAUUCUACGCAUUCCUUGAGUCCAAAGAGAGUGGAAACCUCUACUUUUGUUUCCGCUGGCUCCUAGUCUGGUUCAAGAGGGAGUUCUCCUUUUCCCAGAUAUGUACCCUGUGGGAAGUGCUGUGGACUAAACUGCCCUGUCCCAAUUUCCACCUGUUUGUGUGUCUGUCUAUGCUCGACUUAGAGAAGGGACAUAUUAUGGCGAAAAAUCUGGAAUUCACAGAGAUACUGAAGCAUAUAAAUGAGUUGCAAUUGAAAAUGAAUAUAACGAAAGUACUGAAGAAUGCAGAGGCAAUAUUCCUGCAAGUUAAGCAGAUAGAGACGAAACUGCCCAAGAAUAUGAGACGCAUUAUCUCCUCAGAUCCAGUAGAAGCCAAAUCAGCCCAAAACGGAUCAACAGGUACAGACGACGAGGACAUGGGCGAAUUAAUAGACAGUGUGGCGCCAGUGACGUCGUUGAAUUGCAGUGUGAACUUCUCGGAGAUGUACAAAUCUGUUGUGAGUUCAACUUCACCAUCUCUCAUUGUUCCCCCCAUUGAGACAUCUACCGAAGAAGAACAAAAUGGAGAUGAAGAGCUGACUUUGUGAUAAAACCCUAAUGACUUGGCUCGAAAAUAUCUGACAUAUUUUCUAUAUAUAUAUAUACGCAGUAGAUUAAGUUCACAAUCAAACAGAUUGGUUCCGAGCGAAAAGAAUACUGGUUAAGUUGAUUGAAAGAGGGAUUUUGAAUAGUACGAAUGGUUUUGCAAAAUAUAUAAUUUACUUGGCAGGUGAAGCAGUAACAGUUUUCAGGAAUAGUUUAGGAGAAGGUUUUAGUUUCAAUUUUUUUCUUGAAAUUCAAUCUGAGGCGCCAAAUAGCAAUUGUACUUCUAGUGUGAUAGCGAAUUUGUUCUAAUUAAUUUCUAUUUACUGAAAAAGAGAUUCUAAUUUAAUUGUUUA